UACUAGCUAGACCUGUGUCCUGAUCUGCUUCGGAACAGUACAGUGUACGUAGCAGUUACUGUGUACAGUGUAAGCUAGCCUUGUAGGUAAGGCCUCUAGAGCUAGACCGCGAUGGCUUUGCUGGUCAAGUGCGUGCUGCUCUCCCUGUCCGCCGUGGUCCUCUCCAUCGGCAGCGCAUCCGCCAUGGGCCUGCCGCCGCCGCCACCGAUGGUGAACUUCAGCAUCGGUGUGCAGGGCGUGGUGUGGUGCAAGUCGUGCAGGUACCCCGGGUACUUCGCGCCCAUGGACGCGUCCCCGCUCCCAGGCGCGGAGGUGUACCUGCGGUGCAAGCACGGGCGGCGGGCCCUGACAGUGCCGGGGAGGUCGGGCCCCGGCGGCUACUUCCUGAUCCAGACGUCGCAGCAGAUGUCGGCGUUCACGAGCCAGCAGUGCCGGGUGUACGUGCCGCGGUCGCCGGCGCGCGUGUGCGGGGUGGCCGAUUACCCGUCCCGCGCCAACAAGGGGCUGCCGCUCAAGUUCCAGGAGUUCGUCAAGCGCGACAACGGCCUGCAGGGGAUGUACUCCGUCGGAAACCGCCUCUUCCGCCCAAAGUACCCCGGCAGGUGCUACUGAUCGUACUGACCCUAGGCUGCAGGGUGUGUGUGUGUACGUGCUGCCAGAGGUAGACGACGACUUGAAGAAGAAUAAAUCUGCUAGGUUAUUCGGCUCUUGGAGGUGGAUUGUUAGCAGGGUAAUUUUAAUGUGCUAGUGAUGAUGGUUAACCCCUUCUGUUGUAGGCUUAAAUUACUGUACUUGUCAAGCCUUCUCUGUGCUGAUUGCUACUACUACUUGGUUAAAGAAUUCAACAGUA